GGGCGUGGGGCGGACGCAACCACCCAGGCGGGGUGGGGAGGUAACGGGACGGGCGCGACCAUGGCGCGGUGAGGCAGCGGGGGUGGGGAUCGGUCCGGGGGAGGCCUGGGGCCGCUGGUCUGUGCGCCGUCUCCGCCGCCCCCCCUUCGGCCGCCGCCGCCGCCGCCCCGGGCAUGUCGUCCAACUGCACCAGCACCACGGCGGUGGCGGUGGCGCCGCUCAGCGCCAGCAAGACCAAGACCAAGAAGAAGCAUUUCGUGUGCCAGAAAGUGAAGCUAUUCCGGGCCAGCGAGCCGAUCCUCAGCGUCCUGAUGUGGGGGGUGAACCACACGAUCAAUGAGCUGAGUAAUGUCCCUGUCCCUGUCAUGCUCAUGCCAGAUGACUUCAAAGCCUACAGCAAGAUCAAAGUGGACAAUCAUCUCUUCAAUAAAGAGAACCUGCCAAGCCGCUUUAAGUUCAAAGAGUACUGCCCCAUGGUGUUCCGGAAUCUCCGGGAGAGGUUUGGUAUUGAUGAUCAGGACUAUCAGAAUUCAGUCACCCGCAGCGCUCCCAUCAACAGUGACAGCCAAGGCCGCUGCGGUACACGCUUCCUCACCACUUACGACCGCCGCUUUGUCAUCAAGACCGUGUCCAGUGAGGAUGUGGCCGAGAUGCACAACAUCUUAAAGAAAUACCACCAGUUCAUAGUGGAGUGUCAUGGCAACACGCUGCUGCCCCAGUUCCUGGGCAUGUACCGCCUAACUGUGGAUGGCGUGGAAACCUACAUGGUGGUCACCAGGAACGUGUUCAGCCACCGGCUCACUGUCCACCGCAAGUAUGACCUCAAGGGUUCCACCGUUGCCAGAGAAGCCAGCGACAAGGAGAAGGCCAAGGACUUGCCCACGUUUAAAGACAAUGACUUCCUCAAUGAGGGCCAGAAGCUGCAUGUGGGAGAGGAGAGCAGAAAGAACUUCCUGGAGAAGCUGAAGCGUGACGUGGAGUUCCUGGCACAGCUGAAGAUCAUGGACUACAGCCUACUGGUGGGCAUCCACGAUGUGGACCGGGCGGAGCAGGAGGAGAUGGAGGUGGAGGAGCGGGCAGAGGAUGAGGAGUGUGAAAACGAUGGGGUGGGUGGUGCCCUGCUCUGCUCCUAUGGCACCCCGCCCGACAGCCCUGGCAACCUUCUCAGCACACCCCGCUUCUUUGGCCCCGGCGAGUUCGACCCCUCUGUGGAUGUCUACGCCAUGAAAAGCCAUGAAAGUGCCCCCAAGAAGGAGGUCUAUUUCAUGGCCAUCAUUGACAUCCUCACGCCCUACGAUGCCAAGAAGAAAGCUGCACAUGCCGCCAAGACGGUGAAGCAUGGGGCGGGGGCCGAGAUCUCGACCGUGAACCCUGAGCAAUACUCCAAGCGCUUCAAUGAGUUCAUGUCCAACAUCCUGACAUAGUCAUUUUCUACCCUCAGCCAGAGCCGGAGGAGAGCUGGAUGUGGGAUCGGGAGAGGGAGAGGGAGGACCUGGGCCAGGUGGGAGGGUGGGGAGCAGGGCCUGGGAGGUGGGGAGUUGGGAGGCCUUCCGCCAUGAGACUGCAGCCUGUGACACUGCUGAUGGCCUGGCUGGGGCAAACAGGACAUGCUGGGUAUGUACUUUGCUCCCAGAAGACCCUGCCUUCUGCUUACCCUGAUUGGCAACCCUCAACCAUUUGACCCAAGUGAAAAGGGGGUUCCUUUUUGGUACCUGGUAGGCUUUUAUGGUACCUGGGGGCCCGCGGCAGGACGUGGUGGGUUCCUUGAGAUUCUGUUUCCAGAACGUUGCUCCUGGGUUGCUUUCUAUAAUGACGUGUAUGUGAUCACCCUGCCACCCCCACCCGUGCCCAGCUCCUGGCUCCCGUCCGUCAAGGGAGCCUCUGGGUGAACCAGCCUAGAGGUGCCUGGAGAGUAGAAGCUGAGGGAAGAGGGGAGGUCUGGCUGUGCCUGCAGUGAGCUCUGGGCUGGACCGGCGCCUCGGCUGCUCCUCGAUCUCGGGCUGCAGUGAAAUGUCACGUGCCCCCACAUUGCGUCCUCCAGUGCUGACUUCCCACAGGAAUGCUCUGGCUCAGCCCUGCCCCCUGUGGAUCAGGAUCAGAGACCUCAAGGGCAUAGGCUUCCUCCUCAGGGGAUGAUUGGAGGCGCGGGGAGUGGGGCAUCGUGGGCCACGGACAGCUGGUUUUCUGAGAACCCUGUGGCCAGUGCCUAAGCCCAGGCCAUCCCAGCCCCUGGAGUUCAGAGUCUCUCUCCGUCUUGCCUGUCUCCGCUGGGUCGGCCACAAGCAGCCAGAAAGCACCUUGGAUGGACCAGGACCCUCACGUCUGCGGUUACUCCCCUCUGCGGAAGCGACAAAAGGAAUGUGUGUCUGCCCAACAUUGACUUCCUCCACCUCCUCCUCCCAGGCUAAGCUGGUGAUUGAGAUGGAUCCCCAGGCACAGGCAGUGCUCCCUUCCAGAUCCAUCCUUCAGCCCCAGGACUGCCUCCCUGUGCCUGGGGUUUGUCACCUGAACACAGUGUCCCUGAGGAUAUGACCCAGGACAGCCACCGUGGAAGCUUGCCACAUGACCCUCCCGAGACUGAACAGCUCUGUGGUUCUGAGACCUGCAUGGAGGAGGUGGCAGCCUGCAUCCUGCAAAAGUUGGCCUGUCCCUGCCAGCACCUGCCACCCGGGCCCUUGACUCUGUGCCCUCAGGCGGGGUGUGGGGCAGCCAGGAGAGGACGCUGCCCUGGUGCUCUGCGAGGAGGGAGGCGCAUCCCCAUGUCCUCCCCACAGCCAGGAACAGGGGCUGAGAAAGAGAGGGUGCGCCCUGUAGAUAACCCUGAAGCUGUGAAGGUGUGUGGCACGUUCAAAGGAACAGAGUGGCUUCCCAGUGGCUCAGCUGGGGAGUGGGAACAGCACGGGAAGCCCAGCAUACCGGGGCAGCCUCCAUGGGCCUGCAGGGGGAGGAGGCAGAUGGGGAUGAAGACACUGCCGUGGCCCCGGAAGGGCUGUCGGCUGCAACAAGGCAGCUGUCGGCAGGCAUGUGGCGUGCAGGGAGAAUGUGGAACCUUGGCUCUUCAGGAGAGGCAAUCUGAGCAAGAACAGGGAUUGUGUGGGAGUAAUGUUGGGACUUGAUUUCCCCACCUCAUGAUCAGGAGUAGAAACAGACAUGCUUCCAGUCAGGCCUGUGUCUCCAUGUCUCCUCGACUCCUCUGCCUUCCAGCCGCCGGUUCUGGUCCCGUCGCCAUACCCUGUGUGUGACAGGUGCACCUCGCUUGUGCAGUUACCCCCAGGUAACUGACUCCUUGAACCGUGAGGUUGUUUGCUGUUGUUGUUUGGUAUAUUGUUUACAUUUGGAGGGUAGCAUUCUGGUCCAAAUGCUCUUUCUGGUUGACAGUGUUGUUGAUAAUGUUGGAGCUGUGGCUUGGUGGAUUUUCUAUUUCUUUUUUUUUAAAGGUCAUUCUCUGUGCGAUUUUCAAAACGUUGGUCCAGCCCGGUGAUUUCCUUUGGCAUUCACGUUUAAAAGCGACUUACCUUGCCCCAUUCGAGUUUCCUCUUUCUCUGAUGUGAUGCUGUUCCACUUGGCUUGCAGUCUCAAUGCGAGGGCAGCAAAGCAACACCCUUACCCCAAGCUCUGUCCUCUACCCCCGGCCCCACCGCUGGGACCCGUGUCAAAGAGCGGGCGGCCAUAGAGGUGUCCCAGGAUCCUUCUGAGUCUCCCAGGAACCAAGGUGUAAGAAUAAAUGAAUGGAAAAAAAAAAUACAGCAACAGCAGAAAUAAGUGGAUGGCAAGAAGAGGCCUGGAUGGGGGGAAAGGGCAGGAUCUUCUCCGUCUUGCCACUUCUGGGGUGGCAUCCAGGCACAACUUCCUCUGUCCCCAGCCACCAGCCCUUGUUCCUGUUAAAUAACCACUGGGUCUCCAGGUCCCCUCACAAGCUCCUCCCUCCCACCCCCUGCUCGUGGGCCGCGGUGGAAGCAGUGCCCGUUCUCUCCGUAUCUAGCUCAGGGGUUACUGGUCUGUGGCAGGUGCCUGCGUCAGUGGCACUCCCCAGAGUCCUGCCACAGGCAGCUCUUCCUCCCACUGCCUCGUCCUCCUUCACCUUCUUCCCUGGCCUCCAGCAGGUCCCCUGGGUGCACAGGAGCCAAAGCAAGCUCCUUCCCUCUCUAGCCUGCCGGGGCCCAGACUUGGGGAGGUGGACCAAGGACCAGGCUUCCCUCAUCUACUCCCACCCUCAGCUGUUCUUGGCACCAGUUCGGGCCCCCUCAGGCAUCUGAACCCUUCAGGGGUCAGGACCCUGGGCAGUAAUGUGGGGAGGGAGUACUCAAAGGGAAAACACAGGCGGGCAGCUGCCCCCAACUCUACUGGCCACCUGCAGAGGGCAGUACCAGCCCCUCGGGCCUCUUAGCAAGAGCCCUCCAGUCCCCAGGGGAAGAAGAGGAGGCCAGUCGGAGCGCUGCAGCCACCACCCCACCCUGUGUGCGACUUCAUUCCCCCUGCAGUUUCCAUUUUUUAAAUAGGAAUUUUUGACUUCCCCCCACCCUGUGCUUGUCUAAUGUCUGCUCUAAACAGUUUGAGACUCUUGUUACUGUUUUAAAAUGCAUGCAUGUUGAGAUGAAUCUUCAACAAGAAGAAAAAAAUAAAACAAAUGGCUUUGUGUACAUGGUCACGUGAGUCCUUUG